AUGGAGCGCCGAUCUGAGCUCCUGGGCCACCUUUGUGCCCGCUGCCGCCCAGCUGCCCAGGAGCCCGGGAGCCCGGCCAGACCAGUGGGAAGCUCCCUGGGCUCGGUUCCCCUGCAGAGCACACUCCCUAACUCGGGCCUCUCCCCCCACCGCUGCCCAGCUGUGCCCCGGCCCCUCUCCCAACCUACGCCGCCCGGCAACGGCAGCGAGGAGGAGCCGCUGGACGCCCGGGACCCGCUGCUAGCCCAGGCGGAGCUGGCCCUGCUCUCCACAGUCUUCGUGGCUGUGGCCCUGAGCAACGGCUUGGUGCUGGGUGCCCUAGUGCGGCGGGGCCGGCGGGGCCGCUGGGCGCCCAUGCACGUCUUCAUCGGCCACUUGUGCCUGGCCGACCUGGCCGUGGCUCUGUUCCAAGUGCUGCCCCAGCUGGCCUGGGACGCCACCGACCGCUUCCGUGGGCCCGAUGCCCUGUGCCGGGCUGUCAAGUACCUGCAGAUGGUGGGCAUGUAUGCCUCCUCCUACAUGAUCCUGGCCAUGACGCUGGACCGCCACCGCGCCAUCUGCCGCCCCAUGCUGGCACACCGCCAUGGAGGCGGAGCUCGCUGGAACCGGCCGGUGCUGGUGGCCUGGGCCUUCUCGCUUCUCCUCAGCCUGCCCCAGCUCUUCAUCUUCGCCCAGCGUGACGUGGGAGACGGCAGCGGUGUCCUCGACUGCUGGGCCCGCUUUGCUGAGCCCUGGGGCCUCCGCGCCUACGUCACCUGGAUCGCCCUGAUGGUGUUCGUGGCACCUGCCCUGGGCAUUGCCGCCUGCCAGGUGCUCAUCUUUCGGGAGAUUCACGCCAGCCUGGCGCCGGGGCCUGCAGAGAGGGCCGGGGGGCGCCGCGGAGGGCGCCGGACGGGCAGUCCCAGCGAGGGAGCCCGGGUGUCGGCGGCCAUGGCCAAGACCGUGAGGAUGACGCUGGUGAUCGUGAUAGUGUACGUGCUGUGCUGGGCGCCCUUCUUCCUCGUGCAGCUGUGGGCAGCGUGGGACCCGGAGGCACCUCGGGAAGGGCCCCCCUUCGUGCUGCUCAUGUUGCUGGCCAGCCUCAACAGCUGUACCAACCCCUGGAUCUACGCUUCCUUCAGCCGCAGCGUCUCCUCCGAGCUGCGAAGCCUGCUCUGCUGCGCCUGGACGCGCGCCCCGCCCGGCCUGGGGCCCCACGAGGAGUCCUGUGCCACGGCCAGCUCCUUCCUGGCCAGGGACACCUCCUCCUGAGAAACGAGGGGCGCCUUCCUUCCAGAGGCUCCACGAAGCUCAGCCGCCUGCCCGGGGACAGGCUCCGCGAUCGCGCGGGGGCCCGGCAGUCAGCUCCUUGGCGCCGCGUGUAGGGAGGGGCUGCGGCGGUGGGCUGCAGGGUCUGGGGCCGGCGCAUGGCUUCCACCCCAACCAGUGCCUGCCCUGCCGGCUGACGGAGGUCCCGGGAGCGGGGGGUGGGGGAUGGGGGCCCAGGAGGAAGAAAGGGGUGGGGCCGGGGGCCUUCCUUUCCCCGCCUCUCUAGUCCCCCUCUGCCCUCCCUUCUGACUCUCCCCGUCAUAAAAGUUCCAGCUCAUUUCCCACCUGGCGAGUCUCCUUGGAUCAGGGUAACGGUGGGCGCGGGGGCAGCGCGGAAAGAUUCUCAGAGCCCUCCCGCACCCAGACACGUGAGCGGCUCUAGAACCCGCCACGCAGGCCUUCAAAGGCAGCCCUGUG